UGCAAAUCUGGGUUGUAUGUAAAUAAAAUAUAUAAGAAAACGUUUAUUUAGGAACCUGUUGGGGCUGCUUACACUUCGAUACCAUUUAAAUGAUAAUAUCACGAAAAGUUAGUACUUUUUAGCCUACAACCAGCUGGGCACACUGCGCUUACCGGCGAAACGAAGUUCUUUUUAAAUAAAAAAAACGAUGCGACAUUAGAAUUUUUUCAUUUAUUAUGUUGCUCUCUCCAUUCUAUCGUUAUGCCAAAACAUGUUGAAAUUUUCCAUUUGCCCGUCCACUAGCUGAGUAACGGAUAUCUGACAGUGGGAAAACUCCACUGUUAAGUUUCAACUUUAAGCUUUAAGUAGAGGCCCUCAUAAAGGAAGUUUCUGAAUAACAUAAUAUUCCACAAAACGAUACAAAUUGGUUUUAGCAGAACUUUAGUUCUGUCUCUUUUGUGCAGAUCAUUUCAAUUAAUUUCACAGCAUUAGGCGAGCUAGUUAUGCAACAUUAACUUUUUAAUUAAAGUUAAUUAAAAUGUGGCCUUAAAACUCACGUUCGUUUCGCAUUCAGUACCAGUUUAAUUAUACAUUUUAAGCGCAACAUGUAUAUGUAUAAUCUACUUUUAGUUCUAAUAGUUUUUACCUCCUGUACAACAUCCUUCAACUAUACAAGCUGCGAUCACGCAAAGCAGCCAAAGUUUGUAUGGAAAUUCGAAAUUAAAACGAAUUCUAAAUAAAAACUACGACUUAAUAUUUGGCAGCUGAGCUCAUGCUGCGAUGUUCAGAAAAACGACAUGGCCAUCAAAUCGUGCCGUAAGUCCUUGCUGAGCAAUAAUUCCACCAAUUUGAAUGGGGAAGUAAGCAAUCUAAAGUCGGAUAAAGUGGCUUUGCAUGUGUGCAUUGCGGAGUGUUCCUUCAGGAUCAAUGGCUUUCUGCUGAGCAAUGGAAGUGUUAAUACCCAGGCAAUACAGAAGAGUUACCAGCAACGCUACAAAAACGAUUCGAACAUGUCUCAACUGGUGGUAAGGAGCCUCAAUAGUUGCACGGACUACGCUAGGAACCGGGUUCAGCAGUUCCAAUGGAUGCCCAAAAAGGGCAACUGCGACUAUUAUCCUGCUACCUUGCUGGCCUGCAUCAUGGAACAGGUGUACAUCAACUGCCCGAUUAGCAAAUGGAAAAACACUAGCGAUUGCACAGCGAUGCGGAAAUAUUUGGUUGCCUGUGAUGAUGUGGAUAGAAAGAAAUAACCAUUGAAUAUAUCCGAAU